UCCCUCAGCUGCGUUAAAUUAUUUAAGUGACUCACUUAAGUAUGAAAAUUCUUAUUCAAUACCAAAUAUUGCUAACAAACAUCCUUUAUAUAUAGCCAAUAGUUUUGCGAGAUGGGGCCCUCAUUAUUAUCCCUGAUAUCUGCGGAUGAGAUGAACAAAGCACUCUACCCUGCCUUUCAACAUCUUACUAAAUGUCUCGGACUGUCAACACUAACAUCAGACGUGCUCUACCUAAAGCUAUCAGCCAUCCUCCAAAGUUACUACCUCUACCACUACAACUCAUCUCUUACAGAGCACUACUGGGGUGUCUCCCGCUCCUACCUUACUCCUUCAUCAAAAUCAUCAAUGCCAGUAUCAUGUGACAGCCUUACACCCAAGUCUCACGCUAUGCCCGUCCGUUUGAUAAAAGUGCUGAAAGUGUUGGGAUGUUUGGAGACUGUCCUGGUUCCGUUUAUAAACCAAAAGCUAGGAAACAUUCACAACGAUCAGUAUCAUGGUGAUGAUUUGACCAAGGUUAAAGAGGUCCUGGCACGGGUGUACCCUUAUUUGAACUUGACCGUUACUGUCACCAAUGCUCUUAUUAAGCUCGGGUAUUUCCUUCACUACACUGAGAGUUUCUCCAUCGCAACAUCCCUGCUCGGCAUAAAAUACAACAGUUCCACCCCUGUGACCCGCACUAAACUGGGCCUCCUUCGUGGACUUAUCGAACUUCUCUUUCCAAUCUCAAUGUUCUACGUUCAGUUCAUCAAACAGUGGUCCUCUAUUGAAGGUGUGUCUCCCUACGAAGCUACCAUCAAACCCCCACCCCCCUACAAAACAGGGGGUGGAACCCCCGACAUUUGUCCGAUCUGUGAUGAGAAGUUCAGGAUACCAACCGCAGUGCCUUCUACCGGCAUUGUGUACUGUUAUGUGUGUAUCUUUACGCACGUGCAAAAAAGUGGGGUGUGUCCUGUUUCCCAUCUCCCGGUGGGUACAACUGAACUAAUUAAGUUAAACAUUAGAUAAGUAUUUCUAAUUAAUAUUGGAAGAUUCAAGAUCUUGGAGAUCUGUGUCUUUAUCCGUUUCGGAAAUUGUUUCUGCUUAAGUACGUGUUUUUAAGCGUCAGAAUUUUUUCUUAAUGAAUGCUUAGAGCGUAGAGUUUGUGGUCUUAUAUUAAUUCGGAGGUUUAUAUCAUAUCUUUUUAUUUCGAUUUAUUGUAUAUUCUGUUUUAUUUUUCUUUAAGUUUGGGAAUGUUUAUUUUAGUUUAUUGCGAUGUUUUUAAGAAUUUCCAUCUGAAUGCUAUUUAAUAAUGCGAUGUAAAUUUGAACAUACUUGACAGUUGUACGAUUGCGUCUCAUUAUGAUAUUAUACUGUAUCAGUGUUUUCUUUCAAUAUGAUUUUGUACAUCGGUCAAGUAACUUGUGUUGUCUUGUUUAUUGAGUAAACAAUUUUGCUCUAGUAAGCUACGCACUUUGAAUGUCGUGAUGCGGUUUAUUCAUAUCAAGCAAAUUAAUAUCAAGCAAAUUUUAGUCAUCUCCGGUGAAAAAAGGUUUGAUAUUUCUAUUCAAUUAUUUUUUGGUUGGUAAAUUGCCUAUGGUCCGUAGAAUUUUAUUAUACAGUACAUUAAUUAAUCUAGCUUCAUGUAUCGUGAGAAUUGCUAUUUUUGUUAGAUAUGGAGUACCUUUGUCAAAUUUUGUACUUAACGAUAAUUUUGGUGUUCGAUCUUCAGAUGAAUUAAGUUCCUUAGAAAUUAUAAAGCUGAAUUAAACCUUCUUGAUAUGAGAUCAUACUUCAUAGUCAUCAUUAAAGUGUAAUAUUUUAAAAACAUAUCUUCCAUAUAGUAUAUGACAUGCUUGAUGAGGAAUUCUCUGGCACAAAAAGGCCUUCGAUGAAUCUGCAACAUUUUCAUCAUCUGCCUUUUACCGAGGUGGAUGCAUGUGGUGAUAACGACAAUCUCCCCACUGUCCAUGUUCUGAAUGAUGACUGCUUGGACAUGAUACUGUCUUAUUUCGAUCUUGUCGAGUUAUUUCAACUCAGUUUAGUUUGUAGACGAUGGUACAAUUUAUGUAUUUAUAAAAUCUCCUGCAGCAACUAUUUUUCUACUGAAACAUUCAAAAAUUAUAAUGUUGAUUGGCAAAAACGAUAUGAAAUCCUUGCAUCUACCUCUGUUGAUGCCGUUAUGUCAGUGCUUUGUCUUACUCAUCACCUCAAGUCCUUAUCAUUGUCAAAAGUCGUGGGUCUGAAUGCUGAAAGACUGUCCACUAUAGCAGACUUUCUGCUAAACGUAAAGGAGUUGGAACUUUGUUGGGAGUUAGAUUUAGAUGAAGCUUUUUUUCAAGUUAUAGGGGAAAGGUUCGUUAAAAACUUAGAGUGCCUGAUGGUGCAAAGUUGGCAUGCGGAUAAUAUGAAAUUGUUACUAAAAGAUGCUAGGAAUUUGAAGUUUUUGAGCAUUACUGGUUCUGAUGACGAUGAUUAUCCAAACCAAUUUUGUUUAACAGACUUCUUUUCUACGGACAAUCCCCUGAUGUGUAUUUGCUUUCAACGUUUCAGUCAUCUACACCCAGAUUCAAUGAGUUUCAUUUUCAAAAACUUCGCUGCAACUUUAGAGUACGUAGAUUUAUCGUACACAAAUCUUCAGGGCCUUGCUAACUGCUCUAUUUCACUGCCAGAGCUUGUAAAUAUGAAAGUGUUCAUUGCUCCUAUCGAUAUAUCGGACACUCCUAUCGGUGAUAAUGGACAACCAGAUCAGACAAGAUGCACUCAUCAGCUUGUAUCAGUUUUAAAACUGAUGCCAAAUCUCCGUGUUCUAGAUUUGACCUACAAUUUACAUCUGACCUCUAAUAGAGUUGACAUUGUGGAAAUUUUGGCGAACCACUGCCCUUUGCUGGAGCAACUGUUCCUGGGAUGUUGCUGGAUUUCAGCCGAAAAACUUGUGAAUUUACAAAAAUUAUCAUUUCUCAAGAGACUAGAUCUCGACCAUUGCCAAUCAAAGAUUGAGAUGUGUUUUGAUUUACCAAGUUAUGACUACGCAGCCAGUUUUUGGAACAUAGCAACUUUUGUUAUCCCCCAUUUGAAGGAAUUGGAGCAUUUUUCGUUGACUCACAGCUAUUGGACUGAUACAACCAUGGAUAGGCGUAUACAAGGGCAUGAAUUAUUUGAGUUUCUGAAGAAUGCUGGUCCGAAAUUUAAAGGAAUAUUUUUGACGACAGCGAAAUCUCAAGAUGGUGGUGAACCGUACGAGUUCGUUGCUGAAGCUGUGAAAAUGUGUAAAACACUAAAUAGAACUAGCAUGAUGAAAAUUUACCUCCAAAAUCAAAUGUUUAUUAACAAGGAUUCUGCGCUGAUAAUGGAUUAUUUUGAUUCAAUAUCUCCCCCAUUUGUUCAAGUGAAGUUUACUGAUUAUUCAUUUUCGGAAAAGUUAUAUUCCUCCGAUGUUCGGUCUAAAUAUGUGAACCUGCCUAAGCUCUUGAUGUAGAUUGUAUUGUAGGUGUUCCAACAAAUUACUCUGUGUUUUAGUUUUUAUCUCUGUUAAAGUUAAAGUUUGCUUACAAAUUCUUGUGUUGUCGAUUUACUGUUUGUUUUAUAAUUCAAAUAGUACAAUAACAUUAUGCAAAGAAGAGAAGAUUCCACCACAGUGCCAUCCAACGGGCAUUGUGCACUUUUAUGUCUUUAUGUGUGUAUCUUUACGCACGUGCAAAAAAGUGGGGUGUGUCCUGUUUCCCAUCUCCCGGUGGGUACAACUGAACUAAUCAAGUUGAACAUUAGAUGAGUAUUUCUAAAUAAUAUUGGAAGAUUCAAGAUCUUGGAGAUCUGUGACUUUAUCCGUUUGGGAAAUUGUUUCUGCUUUAGUACGUGUUUUUUACGUCAGAAUUAUUCUUUAUGAAUGCUUAGAGCGUAGAGUUUGUGGUCUUGUAUUAGUUCGGAGGUUUAUAUCAGAUCUUUUUAUUUCGAUAUAUUGUAUAUUCUGUUUUAUUUUUCUUUAAGUUUGGGAAUGUUUAUUUUAGGUUAUUGUGAUGUUUUUAAGAACUUCCGUCUGAAUGCUAUUUAAUAAUGCGAUGUAAAUCUGAACAUACUUGAAAGUUGCACGAUUGCGUUUCAUUAUAAUAUAUUAUUGUAUCAUUGUUAUCUUUCAACAUGAUUUAGACUUAAGUACAUCGGUCAAGUAACUUUUGUUAAUGUGAACCUGCCUAAGCUUUUGAUGUAGGCGCUCCAACAAAUUACGAUUCCAAAAAUAUUCUGUGUUUUAGUUUUCAAACUGCAGUUAAAGUUUGCUAGAUAUUUUCGUGUUGUCGAUUUAUUGUUACUUUUUUUUGUUUCAAUAGUUUAAUAACUACAAUAAUAUUAUGC